GGAGAUGCAAGGGGAGGAGGGGGAGCUCGCGAGUUAGUCUGAGGAGGCAAAGCGUGGCACAAAGGAGAUGAUGACGGGGCUGAACACGAGGAAGACGAGAGAAGAUGACGAGAGGCCAGGUUCAGGAAAAAAUAACAAUAAAACGCAAGAAAAACGGGAUUCGCCGUCGUCAAGCAGGAGAGCACACCAGAAGAAGACGGCAUCAGCGGCCGCAGACUUCCAACAUCUCCUGAGACGCCUUCCUCCUCCUCAACCCCUCCCACAGCGCAGCGUCCCCACGAACAAGGAAUCGGUGGAGUCCAAACCCCGGCCCGUCUCUCUGCUUGCGAGGGGAGCCCGUGCGUCAUGGACACGGAGCCGCUGCUGCCGACGCACCUCCUCCACCCGCUGCCGGAGCACUCGGAGGUGUCCCACUUCUCCUCACCGCCCUCCCCCGCCUGCCCAUCCCCGGCCUCCUUCUACAAGGACCGCAUCAUCUUCGGCGCACACCCGCCGCCGCCGCCGCCCCCUCCGCCUCCGCCGCCGCGCUCGCACCGCGCCCACCACCGCCACAGCUCCGUCGACGGCCUCCACGACCUUGACCUGCCCUCCGGCUCCUCGUCCAUGCCCUCGCCGCCGUCGGACCCGGAGGACCCUUCCGCCGGCGGCGGCGCGCCCUCCCUCCUCGAAUUCAUCGCUGGCGCCCGCACCAACCUCCACCGCUCCCGCACCGCCCCGGCCAUGGCGCCGCUCAGCGCCGUGGCGCUCGCGGCCGCCGCGGCGGCCGGGGACCAGACUCCGGCGCCGCCCAAGCGCCCCUCCAUCGUGCUGCACGCCUUCCUCUUCCUGCUCGCCUACCUCGCCCUCGGCGUCACCUUCUACGCCGCCGCGCCCGCCAACUUCACCUCCUCGGCGGGGCCCACGCACCCCGUCGCCGACGCGCUCUACUUCUGCAUCGUCACGCUCUGCACCAUCGGGUACGGGGACAUCACGCCAGCGACGCCCGCCGCCAAGCUCUUCUCCAUAUCCUUCGUCCUCGUCGGCUUCGGCUUCGUUGACAUCCUCCUCUCCGGGAUGGUCUCCUAUGUGCUCGAUCUGCAGGAGCACCUCCUCAUCACCGCGCUCAAUAACCCAACCUCUGCGCGCAAGCACCGCCACAACUACAUCUUUGACAUCAAGAAGGGCAGGAUGCGCAUCCGUAUGAAGGUGGCGCUCGCGCUGGGCGUCGUGGCUGUCUGCGUCGGUGUCGGGGCUGCAGUUCUCAGGAAGGUGGAGAGCCUUGGGUGGCUCGACGCCGUCUAUCUUGCAGUGAUGUCGGUGACCACAGUCGGUUAUGGGGAUCAGGCGUUCCAGACACUAGCUGGGCGGCUUUUUGCAUCCGCUUGGCUGCUCGUGUCCACCCUGGCUGUGGCAAGGGCAUUCCUCUACUUGGCAGAGAUGAGGAUUGACAAGAGGCACCGAGCCAUGGCUAACUGGGUGCUGUCGAGGGACAUGACCGUGUCUGAAUUUCUUGCUGCAGACAUAGACAACAAUGGAUAUGUCACGAAAUCAGAAUUUGUUGUUUAUAAGCUCAAGGAGAUGGGGAAGAUUUCUGAAAAAGAUAUCAUGAUGAUCUGCGACCAAUUCCAGAGGCUGGACACAGGGAGCUGUGGGAAGAUUAGGCUUUCAGAUCUUCUGGAGAGCCAUCACUUGGUUCCAGAAGCCAGGGACAAGAAAAAGGGGAAGAAAUCUUAACAGGGGUGUCAUAGGAUGUACACAGAAAUUGUAGAACAGUGUUAAAAUUUUGGGACUAGAAAAUACACCAAAUCAGCAAGGGUGGGACAUGAGGCAUUCUUCUACGCGGAAACAGUAGGAUAGUUCCGUAGUAGUUGUGGCCCAGGUAUGAUGCUACCUAGAAAUGGUGGAAUGACCAUUGCUGCUAGGAGGCGGCUGUAAAUAUGAACAAUUAUAGAGGAUGAUUUAUUCAGAUUCUUUUUUUA